GGUACCCUCCAGAGGUCCUCGCGCGGGCACAGUUUCGCGGUUAUUAUGCUGGCCCAGCUGGUUGCCGUGCCUGUCGAGACAAUGAGGAGUUGGCUAGUCACCUUGAUGAAGUUGCAGACGUGUGUCCUGAGCAGACGAGGGCCAAACUAGAUCGAAC